UGACAAAAUCAUCAGAGUAGCACUGCUUCUACAAAGAAGCUGCUAAGUUGUUGGAGGCCCAAGCAAGAAAAGGACCGGAAUGAACAAGUUUGUUCUUUCCGCCCUCGUGGCAUUCUGCCUGGCUGUAUCUUUGCAGGCUGUUGUAUCCUAUGAACCCCUAGAAACAGCUGCCUAUGAAGCCGAUCAAUCUGACGAUUUGGGCGCUGUGAAGGAUGCAGUCGACACCAAUGCUGACGAAGGAUUUGAAGAUGAACUGAGCGAUUACAAAGAUGAAGAUGAAGUUGACAAUGAUGAAGAUGAAGAUGAAGUUGACAAUGAUGAAGACGAAGAGGACGAAGAGAAUCCAAACGGAAGCAGUGACGUUCAAGCAGAUCCAGUACCAUUUUUUCGCAGAAUCAGAAUUCCAAGAAUCCCGCGACCGAGAUUUCCAAGAAUUCCACGUCCAAGAUUUCCAAGGAUCCCGCGACCGAGAUUUCCAAGAAUCCCGCGACCGAGAUUUCCGAGAAUUCCGCGACCGAGAUUUCCAAGAAUCCCGCGACCGAGAUUUCCAAGAAUCCCGCGACCGAGAUUUCCAAGAAUCCCGCGACCGAGAUUUCCAAGAAUCCCGCGACCGAGAUUUCCAAGAAUCCCGCGACCGAGAUUUCCAAGAAUCCCGCGACCGAGAUUUCCAAGAAUCCCGCGACCGAGAUUUCCAAGAAUCCCGCGACCGAGAUUUCCAAGAAUCCCGCGACCGAGAUUUCCCAGAAUCCCGCGACCGAGGUUUCCAAGAAUCCCGCGACCGAGAAUCCCGAGGUUCCGGUUUGGGAAAAAGUAAAGGGACCUACCCGCUGAAUCAGUCUUUUAGAAACCGAGGCUCAGAGAACUUUUGCCAUCUGUCUUUAAUCUUAACUCUAAUUGUGCUAGCAAAAAGUUGUAAUUGGUAAAGUUAUUGAUCAAGUCAAGUGACUUAGCUGAUAAUAAAGCACACCUAAAUGCA